AUGUGGACAUCAAUAGUAAACUUUAUUCACGAUACGCAACCGUCAACCGGUCGAGGCUUGGUUAUCACAAUUGGAUGGUCAUUUGUUGUGUUGUAUUUGAUCCUAAAAUCUGUUGUCGAGAAGGCUUGGGGUGCAGCGGGAAUCAAUCGUAGGAAUAUGAUCAAAAACGAUCAGUUGCGAAAGAAGCGUUUCGAAGCGAUACGUGAACGCAUCGACCGAAGUGAAGCAGCCUUGGAACGUUAUGCGGAGAUUCUCAAAUUGAAUUUCUUCGAACUGAAAGAAGCACUACAAAAUGAUCGGCUGAGUGCAACGGCCGUGCUGAAUGCAUACUUAUGGAAGGCAUUUGAAGUGAAUGAAAAAACAAAUUGUAUCAUUGAAUUCUUGAUUGAAUCUUUCGAUGAGGCGGAAAAUUUGGAUCAGAAAUGGCAUUUGAAACCGAAUAAACCACCACUGUUUGGUCUUCCGUUCAGUGUGAAGGGCAAUUUUUAUAUGAAAGGUUAUGACUGUUGUAUUGGAUUAGCGAAGAAUCUCUUCAAACCCAUGCAAACAGAAUGUACCUUGGUGACUCAUCUUCGAAAUCAAGGAGCUGUACCGUUUGUGAUGACAAAUGUACCGCAGGCACUUCUCAGUUUUACGUGUUCAAAUUCUGUUUAUGGUACUACAAGCCAUCCAAAAGAUGCCAACAGGACACCCGGUGGCUCCUCAGGAGGUGAGGCGGCAUUGUUGUCAAGUGGUGGAUGCGUAUUUGGUACCGGGAGUGAUCUUGCCGGUAGCUUGAGAAUACCUGCUGUCAUGUGUGGACUUGUCACUCUCAAGCCUAGUGAAAGUCGUUUCGUUGUGUACAAUGCCCAAGGUAGUCUACCUGGUAAGGGUCGAAUCGGGUUAGGUUUUGGUUUCCUAACGAAAUCAGUUGAAGAGUUGAAGUUUUUGACGAGUGAUGUGCUCGGCACACCGGAAUAUCAUAAAUUAGUGUCUAAAAGUGCUCCACUGCCAUUGUCAAGCACUCGUAUCGAGCAGUGUUCUAAGCGGAAACUUCGCAUCGGUUACUAUGUGGAUGAUGGAUUCAUGAAGCCUGUACCAGCCCUUGAACGAACUACUCAAGAAACAGUGGAAUAUUUGCGAGAGGCUGGUCAUGAAAUGGUCCGUUUUCAUAUACCUCAACCACAUUUAGCAGCAUCCUUAUUCUACAAAAAUCUCUUGCCAGAUGGAGGUGAACUGUUGAGAAGAAUGUACAGUGGUGAGGUGAUCACACCCUACAUGAAAAGAUUCGUCUUUAUGUUGAAGAUUCCGAAAGUGAUACGGACCGUUGCCAGUUGGUUACUUUCAUCGAUAAGUCCACAAUUAUCGCUGAUAGCUGGCUCAACGGUUUCUGAUCUCGGUGAUCUACGUUACACUCAACAACUAACUGACCAGUAUAUUAAAGAUUUUAUCAAUGAAUGGAAAUUAUUCGAACUUGAUGUGCUCAUAUGUCCAGCAUUCACAGGUAAGAUUUGUUCGUAUAUCACGAUUUAUAUUGUAGUGCCGUCAGUUCCACAUCAAUAUCCAAGUCAGUUGUCAAUGUGUGGUUUCGCGACCGGUCUCUACAGUAUGCUCGAUUUUCCAGUUGGUAUUGUACCAACCCGUGAGGUUACGAAAGAGGAUGAUGCGUUGCUGGAGGAUGAAAACUACUGGCCUGUUGGUAUGUGUAUGAAAUGCUUAUUGCCAUCUGAUCUUACUCUAUGCAUUUUAUUUUCGAAUUAUACAUGA